AUGACUUCAAGACAAUAUUAUACAGAUAAGGAUGCCUUUUUCGUUGACUCAUGCGAAAGUAUUAAAAUUCAAGUCUUGCAUUAUCCUCCCGCUAAUAUCAUGUUGAAUUAUCCACCAAUUUUAUUCAUUCAUGGAGCAGGUGUUGCGGCUUGGGCUUGGGAUAAUUUUUGUCGCUGGUUCUCAAAUAAAGGACAUGAUUGCUACGCUAUGAGUUUUCGAGGGCAUGGACAAAGUACGAAGACUCCAAAAAAAGAACAAUGGUGGUCACUCAAUGAUAUUACAAAAGAUGUAUCAGUUGUAACUGAUACAAUAAUUGCAAGAACCGAUUUGAAACCUGUUCUCGUUGGGGGUGCAAAGGUCCGUGAUCAAUAUUGGGCUUCGCUUGACUGA